AUGGUUGAGGGCAGCGGCAAAUCAAGUAGACUUGGUCACCCAAGUACUAUAUUGAGGUUGUGCAACAGAGCAGGGGUACUCUUUGAGGAUGCAAAUACAGAUCGGAUAAAAGGAGGCAGAGGAAUCACUAAGCAAAGGAUGGAAGGUGUCACUGACACCCAGGAGGAGAGAAGACCUCAAGAAAUGAGAAGGAGACCACAACGGGAAGAGGGACAAGCUUCUGAUGCAAUGGACUUAAGCCAAAUGCAACAAGCCAUUGAAGAAAUGUCUCAGCAAUACAUGAGAGAACAGGAACAACAACAAAAGCAGUACUUGAGGCAACAAGAGAAAUACUUGAGAGCUCAAGAGCAGCAAGAAAGCUGGCAGCUGAAAAUGAUAGAGCAACAAGAAAACUGGCACUUGAGGAUGAUGGACCAGCAAAGAGAAUUCCAAGCAAGAAUUCUGGAGCAGCAAGGGGAACAAUCUAGUCACUCUCAAGAAUCAUUCAACAAAUUGUUCCAACAACACGCUAAACAGAAAAAAUACCUCCAGGAUCUUCGUCAAUGGAAGAGCUUAUACCACGCAGCUAGAGAGGUUCGGCACUUGGACAGAAUUGAGUAUGAUAUAGAGACUCAAGAAAAGUUAAACUACGUGGUCUGUGGCAUGCCAGUAGUAAAUCAAGAGAUCAAACCAUUCGUCCAAUGCCAGAAAUUAGUGAACAAGCAAAGAGCAAGAGCCCAUAGAAACAUAGAAAGAAUGGAACAACGGUUGAAAAAAGCUGGACUCUGGGAUCGGGUAGAUUUCUCUUGGCCUCCGAAAUAA